GCCGGGCAGCGCGUCCGGCGCCGCGUGGCAGAGCGGCAGCGUCCCGCCGCACUCCCGAUAACUUCCGCGGUCUCAGCAGCCUCUGCGCGUGGCCCUGCUUCCGUUUUUCUGUUUACCUGGUGGAAGCAGGUUUUGGGAUCGUGAUGGAGGCGGCAGUUCCGAGGCCCACGCGCAUCCUGGUGACAGGUGGCAGCGGCUUGGUGGGCAGGGCCAUUGCGCAGGUGGUGGCCGAUGGGGAGGGCCGUGCAGACGAGGAGUGGAUCUUUGUGUCCUUUAAGGAUGCCGACCUGACGAGCGCCGCCGAGACCCGGGCCCUCUUUGAGAAGCACCAACCCACCCACGUGAUCCACUUGGCUGCUAUGGUUGGCGGCCUCUUCAAAAACAUCCGCUGCAACCUGGAUUUCUGGAGGAGGAACAUCCACAUCAACGACAACGUCCUGCACACAGCCUAUGAGUGCGGCGUGCGCAAGGUCGUCUCCUGCCUCUCCACCUGCAUCUUCCCGGACAAGACCACCUAUCCCAUCGAUGAGAGCAUGAUUCACAACGGGCCUCCGCACAGCUCCAACUUUGGCUACUCGUAUGCCAAGAGGAUGAUCGAUGUCCAGAAUAGGGCCUAUUUUGAGCAGCAUGGCUGCUGUUUCACCGCCGUCAUCCCCACCAACGUCUUCGGGCCCCAUGACAACUUCAACAUUGAGGAUGGCCAUGUCCUGCCAGGCCUCAUCCACAAGGUCUACUUGGCCAAACAGACCGGCUCCCCGCUGACUGUUUGGGGCACAGGAAAACCUCGGAGACAGUUCAUCUACUCCCUGGACCUGGCUCGACUCUUCCUUCAUGUCCUGCGGGAAUACGAUGAGAUAGAGCCCAUCAUUUUGUCAGUCGGAGAAGAAGAUGAGGUUUCCAUCAAGGAGGCAGCGGAGACGAUCGCGGAAGCCAUGGACUUCAAGGGAGAGCUUGUUUUUGAUGCGACCAAGGCUGAUGGGCAGUUCAAGAAGACGGCCAGCAAUGGCAAAUUGAGGCGCUGCCUGCCCGGCUUUCAGUUUACUCCCUUCAAACAAGCUGUGAAGGAGACCUGCGCCUGGUUCACUGCCAACUACGCCAACGCGAGGAAGUGACAGGCACAGCACGGCC